AUGGAAAAGAACAUCUGCUAUCGGCAACGAAGGAGAAAAGAAGUCGUCAACGACGAUUGCGUACUCGAGCACUCCUUGCCCCAAGGUGACUGGCACAUCGAGGAGGACCCAAAUGUGGACUACGAGAUGCUGCUCAGAGGAUUACGAGCCUGUGCUGAACGUGCCUCGAAGCCACGCAUGACAAACUUGGAUCGAACUUCGAAGACAACCAAGGAAUUGUUGGAAGGAAGAAGAACUUUGAGGGUUGAUCCGAAUGCAUCGCACAUUGAGCGCCGAAUCAUUCGCACUGGUGAACCUCCACCACAGAUUCUCCCUUCGGAAAUACGAGUCACUAUCAAGAGCAUGAAACCUGGCACAGCCCCCGGACCUGAUUUUAUAUCAGCAGACUUUCUUCGGGCUGGUGGCCAUCCACUUCAUGUAAUCUUAUGA